AAGUUACACGCUUGGUGUGGCAGAGACUGUGUGUUUUUGCGUGAGAGGAGAUUGAGAAGGAGUCAUGUCACCGGUCGGCUGCCCCUACAAGAUCAGGAUUGAGGUGGCCACAGUAAACAGGAAGGGGGCGUUCAAGGCGUUCAUCAGGCUGUCAGUGUGGAAUUGUCACGGAUUAUUAUUAUUUUUUUUUCUUUUCUCCUAGUGUCAUCUGGAAAGCGGUAGUGUGUUGUGCCCCGCCAAGAGUGUGACAGCUGUGUAAUUAGUGACCAGCGAGGAGGAAUGGCCAAGCAAAGCUGCCUCAUCGUUCUGUCUGCCUCUCCUCUGGGUGUUUCAGCACCUUCCUUCCUUCAGUGCUACAAGUUGACACAGUCUGCUUUUAACAUUGAAAUUGCUACACCAGAGGCCACUCCUCCUGUUUUCAUCGACAAGGAUGACCAGAGUAGCCGGUGGUUAAAUGACAUAGCUGCUAAGAAUCUCCUUGAACCCCGGUCACUGAGUGAAGUUCAAGGUGGGCAGUACUCGUGUGUUGUGGUGCCUCACAGUCCUGGUGCUAGUGAGGACUUGGCUUCCUGCAAGGUGCUGGGCAAAAUCCUCACACAUUGCCUGGCAGAAAGAAAGCCAGUGUGUGCAAUUGGCCUGGGGGUGUGUGCCUUGCUUUCGGCAGUGAAGGGGGAGCCACCACAGUGGGCCUUUCGGGACAUUGCUCUGACAGGGACAAAGCAAAGGAAAAUGAUUAGACGACACAAUAAACUGGCAACAGAUUAUAAAAGUUUUCUGUCUUCCACACAUCUUCCUGGUAAUGUAUUACUACUGCAAAAGUUAUAAACAGACCAAUGCAAGCUGCAUCUGGCAGACUGAGGUAGAAGCUAAAAUAUAGGCAUCAAAGAUGCACACACACACACACACACACACACACACACACACACACACUAGUGAUUCUGAAGUUAAUACUCAUAGGGGUGCAGCAGUAAUGCUUCCACUACAUUUGUGCUAAGAAAUGUUUCAGCUGCUAUACCACAUUCUGGUUAUUUUGUAUAGAUUCAUAAAUGACAUUCCAGAUCUGAGUGAACAAAUACUGUUUAUGAUCAUAAGUUUAUUAUUUUGACAGCCUGAGUGACUUGGCAAUGUAAUAUCACUGCUUACUUUUUUAAAUCAAAUUUGAAUGUUUCAUAUUUUAUGAUUUUACUUAUGUAAAGAUGAAAGCUUGUUUAUUUGUACAUUUUGCCAUUUUAGCACUAGUUAUAACAUUAAUGUGAAAUUUAAAAUUAUUGCAGAUAUUUGCUCAAGGAAGAUGUAGUAAUUGCCAACUGGCACACUGAAAUGUGGAUUAUAAAUCUGUUAGGAUAUAAUUAUUAAUACUGUGGUGGUAGUGCAAUGAGUCUACACUGACACAUUGCAGAAUGGUGUGCAUGUUAUUAUUGCUCUCCAUAUUUCACAGCAGAUGAUGAUGAUAUGGUAUUUGAAUGGUACAAAGAUGUAUUCCAAAUUGCAUAUAUGUAUGAAAUGCAUUUUCCUGGAAAAAUGUAAAGGAGGGUGAUAGAAUUUUGAUAUUAAAGUUAAAAUGUUCUUUUCAUUGGAGUAUUGUUACAGUUUUUUUUUUUUUUUUUUUUUGAGUAUUCAUGAAUUGAUAACUUAUUAGCUUUACUCUGAAUAAUUAUUGAUGUGAAAAGAACACUGAGGAAUAGAAUAGCAGUAUCUCAAUAUCCACAUUCUCUUCAGGUAUUUAAAGGCAUAAGUUAAAGCCAUUAUCAGUCAUACAGAACAUGAUCAUGUUUAUAUUUUGUAGUGCAGAUGCUUCUAUUAUGUAGAUCUACAGUUGCAAUUAAUCAUUUUGGCUCUCUGGUUCAGCUGCACUAAAUGUCACUGAAAUGUUCAUCAUCAUACAGCACCUCAAAUCAUUCAGUCAUUCUCUUUCAUAUCCACACUAACCAUGAACUUCACACUUUGGUGGCACAGUACACUACAGAACAGUAGGUCCUCUCUUAUUCUUCUACAAUAUGUUGUUUUGUUCUGCUGUCAGCAUGUUCGGUGUGGAGACAUGAGGUUAGAAUAUGACACAGGAAGACAGGGAAGGGCUACAGAAAAGGUGGAUAUGAAGGAGGAGAAAAAAGUAUGAGGAAAGAAUAACAGUAGGAUGUAGUAUAAUGGAAUGAGGGAUUGUGGAAGAAAUGGCGAUGGCAAGGACGUUACUUGAUGGAAGAUUAUUUCUGUGAUAUACUUAAAUCAUCAUCAUUGCCAUCAUUAUCAUCAUCAUCAUUAGUUGCUUCCAUCAACCUCCUCUUCUUGCUGCCCAUCUGUUCCAGAGCACCACUUCUUUCCAUCCAGCCUUCCCUUAUUUUGUCAUUCCAAGGUUGCUAUUAUGUUUACUAAUUGUCCAUCUGUUAUCUUUGCAAUGCAUGGCAUAUCCUGCCCAUGCUCUUUUUCUUUGAACUUUUGUCAGUGUCCUCAACUUUAGUGUAUUUCCAAGUCCAUGUAAUACCAACCAUUAUUCACUUUCCCUUACCUUCUGGACACACUGACAUUCCAUUCCAAUGUACUUUGUGAGACUCAAGAUUUAUGAUCCAAGCACACUGGAAUUGCUUGAAUCCGCUUUCUAUAAACUUUUAAUGAUAGUGAGAUAAGUUUUUGUAAUUAAUGCUAUUUACUUAUUUAUUCUCAUGAUUUCUUUCCUUAAUCUAGAUGUGUACUAAUUUUCUGUCUUGAUGAUGUAUUCAUGGAUACUUUGUUACUUCAUCCUCGACUUCAUGCUUGUGGUCUAAUGUGUAAUUAUUAAAUAUAACUUUUUUUUCUCUCUUUAUAUUAACUUUCAGAACUACUUAUCAACUAUGUGUAUGUGUAAUGGCAAAAUUUAUCUGCUGUAGUUCAUGUUUUACUCAGCCAUCAAAACAACAUAUUUGGGUACCAUAAUUAUAUUGUUCUAAAGUAUAUUCCGUAUUUAAUGGCAUAUAGGACGCAUGAACACAUAAGACACACUCCCAUUUCAGCAGAUCAGAUUCAGGAAAAAGUUUUUAGUGUAUUUAAGCAUAUAUUGUUGAAAGCAGCUUAGCAGCAUAUUACACAAGCAAAGCACAAGCACAAGCCAACAUUGCUAUAUAAAAGCAAGUUGGCAGUACAGACCAGCAACAAGCAUAAGCAAAAUAUCUCAAUAGUAUUGUAAUUGUAAUUUAUUUUGUGCAUUUAUAACAAAUCUAUGAAAUUCUAAUAUUUUUCUUCAUAAUCAGCAGGCAUUUGCUGUGCAAUAGAUGUUUUUGUAUGCACUGAUAAACCCUGCCAUUUCAUAAACCUAUAACACCAACCUUAUGUUCCUACAAAAUUCUGUAUUCCUCAUUGUUCUGCUAUUUUCCUGGCCUUAUGAAUUAUCAUUUUGGUAGAAACACUUCUCCCUGAAUUUCUCUUAUUUAUCACCUACAUUUUUAUGUAAACCUCAAGUUCUGGCCAAUGUGGGGCUGGGCAAUGAAGGUUAUGUUUACCUUUCCUUGUGCUCUUCAUUUGGUCUUCUUGCUGUCACCAGACACUUAUUUUUUUCUGUAGGUGGUGUCCUAAAAGCCCUUGCUGCUGCUCUAUUGCCAUGCUCCUUGGAAUAAUCUACCACUUGUAGUUUAUAGGAGAUUGUGUAGCUUGAUCUUUUUCCUCCUGCUGCCAUAACGGUGAGGGUGUUGGUGUGUUUUGUUAUGAUCAUUGUCAAAUGGUUGCUGGCAUCAAGUCAGAGUUCCAAUGAGCUGAUAUUUAUAAACAUGUGUCACAGCCUCACAGGUUAGGUUGCUUUCAUUUUUAUGAUAAUUUGUUUUUAAAGUAAUAAUACUGGUAAUAAUAAUAAUACCAGCAAUAAAAUAAUGAUGCAUGGAGUAAAGGUAGGUAGAAGUACUGAUCAUAAGCUAGGUUAGUGAGUGUCAGGGAGAUGAUUAGCCUUCAGGAGGUCUUAACUUUGCAUAUUAGAUGCAGGGCUAUUUUUUUAGCAAAAAAUUUGGGAAAAA